CUUCACACUAAACAGAUAUGUUUUAUAUGAUAUUGACCUUAAAUACUCAUUUUUUUCAUUAUCAAGAAUGCGAAUCAUUUCAGAUAAAACGUUGCCAAAGGAAAAUGAAGAUAAAAGCAGUAAUGAUAGAUCUAAGUGGAACAGUUCAUGUUGGAACAAAUCUUUUACCUGGGGCCAAGGAGGCAAUAGUAAAGUUAAAAUCUGCGAAAGUUCCGAUUAAGUAUGUGACGAAUACUUCAAAAGAGAGCAAAACAUCUCUGAUAAGGCGAUUAAAAAGUGCAGGUUUACAUAUUGACAAGGAUGAAGUUUUUACUUCUCUUUCUGCUGCUAGAAACUAUAUAAUAUCACAGAAUAUAAGACCACUAUUGUUGUUAGAAAAAGAGGCGCUUGAAGAUUUUGAAGGUAUUGAGACGGAAUCUCCCAACAGUGUUGUUGUGGGUUUAGCUCCAACUCAGUUUCACUACGAGAAGAUGAACGAAGCAUUUAACUUGAUCAAGUCCGGAGGAAGUUUGGUUGCAAUUAAUAAAUCAAGAUAUUAUAAGUCGGAGAAGGGGUUGUCAAUUGGAACUGGAGCGUUUGUCUCAGCUUUAGAAUUUUCGACUGACUGUAAAGCCUAUGUGGUCGGAAAACCAGAGAAAAACUUUUUUCAUCUUGCACUUAAAGAUUUUAUGAAUGAUUUGAAGCCAAUUGAAGUUCUUGUUGCUGGUGACGAUAUUCGGGAUGAUGUUCUUGGAGCUCAGAAGGCUGGCCUUCAGGGUGCCCUCAUCAAAACUGGAAAAUAUCAAGAAGGCGACGAAGACAGGUUUGGGGAGCCCAACUAUCUGUUUGAAAACCUGGAAGAAAUGGCUGACUAUGUAAUUGAUCAGUUCAGCGAUCCCUGAAGAGAGAGAGAGAUACCAUAGCAGUUUGUUCAACAUUCCCUAGAUAAAUCCUAUCCCAGCACCUUUAGAUACAAUUCAACACAUAUCACAACAGCAAGGAAAUGGAGGGUAUAUAAAUAUAGUAGUUGAAAAAUAAGUUCCCCUCCCUCUUUAAAAAUCUCCAUCAAAAGAUGUUUAAUGGUUUUUUAUCACUGACUUGGUGGGGAAUUAAAAUGAUUUUAAAUAAAAUGUCGUUAAAGGUAUACAAUCUUCAUAAAGAGGGUGGGGGGGAUUCCAAAAAGGUGAACCCCUAGAUUUACAUGGUAGGUUCUAGAGCUUAGAACAACUAAGUAUUAACCUUUCUGGUGUAAUUUUCUUGCUUUUUUACCUAGUACAAGUAUUAAAUAUCCUUUUACA